UAUUUGCCAGUCUUCAGUCUUGAGAUAUUUUAACUCUUUUAAAAACAAAAUUAACCAUUUCAAUAUUCAUUGAAUAAAUAAAAUAAAUACAAACAAUUCUCAAAUCUCAACUCCAUAACUUCUCUGUUUUACAGCUCCAAUGCCAAACCCUCUUAGAUCUCGCAAAAGGGUUCGCCCUCCUCGCCGCGCCGCCGACGGUAGCGCCUUCAUGAAUUGUGAUGAUUGUGGAGGUUCAGUGCCAGUAGCAUUGAUGGACAUGCAUGAGUGCAAUGUAAAGAAGAAUGUGAAAAAGAAAUUGAAAGAAAAUCCCAAGCCUUUAAUAAUUCCCAAAACGAACAACAUUUCUCAGCAACCCGGAUCACCUUUUGUCUUCUUCAUGGAAAGUUAUGCAAAAUCUUGCAAGGGUCGACCCUUGAUUGAGAUUAAUCGAGAAGCUUUUGAGAAAUGGAAGAAGAUGUCAACUAAGGAGCAAUGGCCGUAUGUAUGCGAGUCUCGAAAAGUGGAAAAUGCUUAUUUGAAUGUCAUACAUCAAGAAGAAAUUCAACUGUCUCAAGAAGGUGAUGAUGAAGCAGAUUCAGCAAAAUGCAAUAAGCAGAAUGGUGGCUAUGUCAACUACGACGAUUAUUGCUCAGAAGACGAAGAAGAACCUUUUAACGUGUGGAGUUGCAAAAGGUGCCCUAAUGCACUAAGUUGUUUCUGCUUCGACAAUAUAUAUUUCUAGAUCAAUGUAGGAUCGGCUUAUUCGAAAUGAAGAGAAGCUUAUGCUCUUUGUUAUGGGGUGGCUAGCCUGCUUUCACCAAGGCAAGUCUUAUUGGCUAUUGUAUAUUCUAGGAAGUUAUGUACAGGGUUUGCUGUUAAUAUGUUUCCCUGGCUUUUCAUCUAUGCUUUAGUACGAGUACUAAUUAGUAAUUAGUAGUAGUAAUUGGGCCAUUUUGUGGGUGGAUUUUGCUACAAGCACUGUAAAGUUUUGCUAAGUACUCCAUUUUGUACAAGAGAGUACUUUAGAUUUUUAUUAGUUGUGUGUUGGUGUUUAUUGAUUAGCAA